AUGUCUUUUUCGUUGAGUCAAGUCAAUAAUGGUAGCGGAUUCCAACAAGGAUCAUCAUCAUCGGGAGGAUUUAGAUCUAAUAAUCAAAGGAAUGGAUCAUCAAAUAAUUCCAAUUAUAAUAGAUUCAGAUCGGAAAAGCCAAAGAAUACUGCAAGCAAUAGCAGGUCGACUGGAACGCCAUCAUCCGCUGAAGAAGGGUUGGAGGCCUACAAUAAGCAAGCCUUGGCAGAAUUGGUAGAGAUAUUGGAUGAAACACCAGAUUUGGGAUUUGUUGAUACUCAUGUCCAUUUCGAAUACAUUUUACAAAGAAUGUUUAAUGCACAAUUGGGUGAAGUUGCUUAUAGUGAAAAGAAAUUGAUGGAUACCUUGUGUUUUGAAACAAAGGAUAAGAAUCUCUAUGAGAGAAUUUUAUCAAGAAUGAAUGCAUUUGUUUGUGUACAAUGUGAUCCAACUUCAUUCUCUAGUUUGGGAUUGUGGAGAGAUUUGCUAGAAAUGAAGAAUUUAAAGAUUGGUGUGACAUUUGGUUUGCACCCUCACAAUGCAUCUUACUAUGAUGAAAAGAUGCAAGACAGAAUUAAUCAAUGUAUUGCUGAGGCAGGAGAUAAGUGUGUUGCAUAUGGAGAAUGUGGACUUGACUAUCACUAUAAUAAUUCUCCAAGAGAACAACAAAUGUCAUGUUUUGCCAAGCAAUUGCAAAAUGCAGUGGCUCUCUCACUUCCAGUUGUGAUUCAUGCAAGAGAGGCAGAAGAAGAUGCUUUCAAUAUCAUGAUAGAAAAUCUUCCAAAAGAUUGGAAGAUUCACGUUCACUGUUUCACAGACCGAGAGGAAUUUGCUAAGAAACUCAUCUCACAUUUUCCAAACUUGUAUAUUGGAUUUACUGGUGUUGUGACCUAUGCCCCAAGAGGAAACUCAAACCAUAAGGAUCAAAAUUUAGAAGGCGUCAUUCGUUCUCUUCCAUUGGAAAGAAUUUUAUUGGAAACGGAUGGACCUUACAUGCCUGUUCGUCUCUCUAAAUCGGUCAACACAGGAAAGAAGAGACCAAUUGCCCACUCUGGACACAUUCCACUCAUCGCUAAGGGAAUAGCUCAUAUUAAGAAAGUUUCAAUCAAGCAAGUGUUUCAACAAUGUCGUCUCAACACAACGAACAUGUACGGAUUGUAA